AUGCUGGUGCCGAUGCUGGGCGUGGCGGCAGGGCGCAUGGACGAGGCCGAGCGGGUGGUGAGCGACAUGGAGGCCAAGGCGGUCCGCUGGAACGCCGCCCUCGGUGCGCGCCUGCCGGCCUUCCUCGCCUCCUGCUUCCUCUCCCUCUCCUCGCCGCGCCACAGCCCCGUCGCCACCCACGCCAGCAGCAGCGGGGGCUACGACGUAUCCUCCAACGAGUACGACGCGGUGGACGAGGAGGAGGGCGAGAAAGAGGGCCACGUGAUCGCGAUCGUGCCGCGCCGCUCCACGCCCCUGCGCGAGGUCGUGGGCGCCAUCUUCCUGCGCUACCCGCGACAUACAGUGCUCGGCCUUAGCCUCAUGGUGGCCCAGGCCUUCUUCUACAACGCCAUCUUCUUCUCCUACGCCAUCAUCCUCGUCGAAUUCUACGGGGUGGCGAGCGAGAAGGUGGGGCUGUACCUGGUGCCGUUCGCCAUCGGCAACUUCCUGGGUCCCAUCACCCUCGGCCCGCUCUUCGACACCAUCGGACGCCGCCAGAUGAUCGCCCUCACCUACUCCCUCUCCGCCGUCCUCCUCAUCAUCACCGGCUGGUUGUUCGCCGGAGGCAUGAUCGGGGCCCUGGUGCAGGCGGUGCUGUGGUCGGUCGUGUUCUUCUUCUCGUCGCCGGCGGCCAGCGCGGCCUACUUGACCGUCAGCGAAAUCUUCCCCCUCGAGAUACGCGCUCUCGCCAUCUCCUUCUUCUACUCCGUCGGGACGGGGCUGGGCGGGGUGGCGGCUCCGCUGCUGUUCGGCUGGCUGCUGGAGACGGGCCGGGCGGAGAACAUCUUCUACGGCUACGUGUUGGCCGCCGCGCUCAUGCUCGUGGCCGCCAUCGUGGAGACCGUGAUCGGCGUUGACGCCGAGCAGAAGUCGCUGGAGAGCAUCACCGCGCCCCUGUCCGCCGCCCCGGCUCCCGCGUCGCCCUCCACCGGCGCCUCGUCGCUGGCCUCGUCCACGUCUUCGCUCUUCGUGUCGACGCCUCAUUCGUCUUCGUUCUCGUCGCUGCCCCUCCCGCCCCAGUCGUCUCUUCGCUCUUCGUCGUCGUCGCGAUCGCACACGCGGCCGUGGAGGGCGCACCACGACCUGGCCGCGUUGCGCGCCCUCGGGUCGCUGACCCCGAGUUAUCAUCCCCACGCGUCGCCCUCCGUACCCCCCGCGGUGUCGCGGGACGAACGAGAGAUGGACGACAUCGACCUCUCCGAAGAUCGACAACAGCAGCAGCAGCAGCAGCUCCGACCUGGUGUCCCCGAUAUCCCCAAACAGCUCCUGCCCGCUGCUGGUUCCGCCCAACAUGACUAG